AUGUUUACAUCUACAUCUAAUCAUAUGAGAUCAAUUUCCAUGUCAAACCAUGGGAAUAAAAUACGUCAUAGAGUGUGGGCAUAUUUUUUCCCUCUCUUUCCUGUAUUCAUACCUAUGGUGAGUACUGUACUAUUGCCAGCAUACAUAGAGUCCAUUCAAACCACAAAGAUAGCUAUAAAGAACGACCAAAAUAUGUCCCGUUUUACGUUUAAACCAUCUACUGACUGUUCAUCUAGUAGAUGUUUAUACUCUACUUUGUUCACGGUUUCCAGCAUUCCCAAGACCAAUGAUGACAUAAAAACUUCCGCCUAA